ACUUCCUCACACACACACACACUCUCAAAAGCUCCCAUUUCCCAUUUCCUCUCUCUCUCUCUCUGAAAGAUGGCAACCAAGCCACCUGAAGAAGCCCCAGAAACCUUAAAAUACCAGACAUGGGUCUUGAAAGUCUCAAUCCACUGCGAAGGCUGCAAGAAGAAAGUCAAGAAAGUUCUUCAAGGCAUCGAAGGUGUUUAUACGACCACGGUGGAUUCUCAGCAGCAUAAGGUGACAGUGACCGGCAACGUGGAAGCAGAUACUCUUAUCAAGAAGCUUCUGAGAUCAGGAAAGCACGCGGAGCUUUUGCCUGAGAAGAAGGAGAAGAAGUCCGGAAAACAGAAGAAUAACGAGAAACCGAAGGACCAGAAAAAUAUCGAAGAAGAUGGCGGCGAUGGCGAACAAAAAACUGCUGACAGUGAGGGCGGCGAGAUGGAUAACGAGGACGGUGAAAAUGAAGAGGGUGGUGGAGAAAUUAAUGGCGGAGGAGGAGAAGGAGGAGGAGAAGGAGCUGGGAAAAAGAAGAAAAAGAAGAAGAAGAAGAAAGCGCAAACUGGCAAUCCCAUCAAUGCCGGCGGUGAGCAUCCCGGCGAUGCACCAGGUGGAAAUUUCAUCCCGGGGGCUCCCCAUGACCUGGCCCCACCUAUGGCGGCGAUGAAUCUCAGCCCUCCACGUCAGCACGUGUACCAAUAUCCACCACCAAUGAUCAAUUACCCCACUCCUCCUCCAUACGGAAUGAGUUACAACACGGCGUACCCUACCACUAGCACUUCUUCAUAUUAUGUCCAGCCCAUGCACGCUAAUACGUACUCUCGCCCGGAGUUCUACCCGACGCCGGCGGCGGCGUCAUCUCAUCCGAUCGAUCAUCAUCCCUUCAACGAAGACGAUGAUGAAAGUGGAUGCUCAAUCAUGUGAUCAUCAUCAUGGAUAUCAUCGAGAGGCCCGAAUUGAUUAAAUUUUGUAAAGAAAAUAAGGGAGGAGUUGUUAAAGAGGGGUUGGAGGGCGUUUAGUGGAUUGUCUUUAUUUAGCUUUAUUAACUGCUAUCUUAAACAAGCCAAUUAGUUUGUAAUCUUUGGUUAAUGUAAAUCUCCUUUUUGGCCUCCCA